CUGGGGGUGGAGAGGCGGCGGUGAGCGUUCCGGGGUGGGUGAAUCCCGCCAUGGAUCCUGACGCCGCAGUCGCGCGGCGCAGGUGGUGGCUCCUGCCGCGAGUGCUGCUGGUGCCGCUGCUGUGGUGGGGGCCGGCUCUGGGCGCGCUCUCCUCGGGCGGCAGCCCCCACAGGGUCCUCCGCGACCUCCUGGCGGAGCCCCAGUUGGUGGAGGUGGAAGACUUGUCCCUCACUCUGCUGCAGGGCGGAAGACUGGGGCCCCUGUCGCUGCCCUCGGACCUGACGGAGCUGGAUCCUGAGUGCCAAGCGUUGCUGCUGGACUUCGCCAACAGCAGCGUAGAGCUGACCGGCUGUCUGGUGCGCCACGCCCGGCCGGUGCGCCUCUGUCAGAAGUGCUACACCCCCUUUCAGCAGGUCGCCAGCAAGAUGGACAGCAUCAGCCGAGCCGUGGGGAAUGCUUCAGAGAGUAGUAACUGUGCCAAAAGUCUCUUAAUGGAAGACAGAGUGCAAAUAGUUGUGAUUCUGUCUGAAUUUUUUAAUUCCACAUGGGAGAAGGCAAAUUGUGCAAAUUGUUUCGUGAACACAAGUGAAAAGCUAUCAAAUAGCACAGUGAAUUUCUUCAAUCUAUUUAAUCAGACCUUGACCUGCUUUGAAAAUAACCUUCAGGGGAGCAUACAGUUAAGAAAUUAUUCAGAAGUAUGCAAAAACUGUGGUGACUUAUACAAAGCUCUGAAUGGUCUGUACAAUGACAUGCAAAAAAAAUACAAAGAAGAGAAUAAGGCUGAAUACGGAAUACAUUUAUGCAUUGAUGUGGAAGAUGCGAUGAACAUCACUCGAAAACUUUGGAGUCGAACUUUCAACUGUUCAGUUGUUUGCAGUGACACAGUGCCUGUGAUUGCCGUUUCGGUGUUCAUUCUCUUUCUACCUGUGGUUUUCUACCUUAGUAGCUUUCUUCAUUCAGAACAGAAGAAACGCAAACUCAUUCUACCCAAACGUCUUAAGUCUAGCACCAGCUUUGCAAAUAUUCAAGAAAAUUCAAACUGAAACCUACUGAAUGGCGAGUUUACAUCAUAUCCGGUGUAUGAAUGGUGGAAGGCACAGCUUGGUCCAAAAGAAGAUAAACUGUGAUUUGACAAAUCAAGUUCUUAAGAAAUGGAAGGACUUCAGAUUUAUUUUUAAAUAAGAAUUUUCAAUUUUUCUUUCCUUUUCUGCCCCCUUUUUUAAGGGUUUGGGUAUUUUUAAUUUCCAGGCAUAGCAGUGUUGUCAUUUUUAAAGUGUGUUUGUUAUAAUAACAAAAGAUGUAAAAACAUCUUUUGUGUAGGGGUUUUUUUUGGUUUUGUUUUUUUUUUUUUGUUGGCAUGUUAUUACUAUUUGAGACUUCUGGUAUUUCUUUAUUAAUGUAAUAUCUCAAGUAGCAAAGUUUUUGAAAACCAACACCUAAAAAUUCAUCAGUUAUAGCAAAGACUUUGAAAAAGAAAUAUACUUGCCAAAAAAUAGCAAGUCCAAAGAUAAAUUAUUCACCAUUGCAGUAUUACUCUUACAUGUACAAUUAAUAUGUCAUACAUUACAAAUAACAUACUCUCUAGUUUCCUUCAAGUCAUUUUUGAAAGCACUAAAUAAAAACUUCCCUAAUAAUUUUUAGAAGUGGUAAGGUACAUUUAUAAAAAGAUUUAUGGUAACUGGUUUCUUACUUGACUUUUAUAAACAGUAGUUUACACCUUUUUUUGCCUUUAUUUCAUAAGUAAUUUGAAAUCACUGGACUGCUUUAUUAUAUUCAGGGCAAGAUGGAUUCUUUUUGUACCAGGGAUUUGCAUUGUGAAUAAAUUAUUUGGCAAUUUAUAAUUUAUUGCUACUUUAAAUCAAACAUAGCAUUGUCACACUGUAUUUAAAUUGUGAUCUUUUUAAUGGAGAUUUGCCCUUGGGCUAAUGGACAUUUUUGUAAAGGAGAGAAAGGAGUAAGGAAAGCUUAAGAUUCAGAAAAUAGGGGAAAUGGAUGGGCUGCUCAUUAUAUGAUUUUUGAAAGGUUUGUGUCAGGGCCAUCAAUCAGAAAGAGACUCUAAUAUAAAAACAAUUAGGUUAGGACGAUGCUUGUUUUUUCCUAAAAAACAUUGAAAUCUGAUAAAAAUGAUAUGAUUGUAAUGAAAUCAGAUGUUUCACUCUCAGCAAUUUUUAUUUUGGAACACUUAUAUUAACUUCGUUUCAGAAUUGUUGACAAUUUUAUUCCUCAGGUGUUUAGUGUUGAGAAUUUCAUUUAUUAAUUCCUUCUUACUUUCUUGGUGAAAAUAGGCUUUAUUUUAAACACCGAGAAUACGAAGACUGCUGUAUAUAGAAACAAGAGUUUGGUUAAGCGGUAUGAGAAUUUGAAUCUCUUCAUGUACUGUAAAAUAUUCGAUGGAGAGAUAGAAAGUGUUUUCAUUUUUUUUUUUGUUUACCAUAUAUGCCGAAAGUGAAGGCUCAUCUUGGCUAUGUAACAUAUCCAAGAGCUGUACGGUUUUUCAAGUCUGCUGUGAUCUAUUUAAAAUGUGCUGGGAUUUGUUCUGCUGUCACACAGUUCAUGCUGCUGAUACUAAUAGCACUAUCUUGAUUUGAAGCAUAUGGUUGAGGGCCAUUGAAAGCAAUCUUUCAUUAAUGCAAAUAGAGCCAGUUUACAUGUGCAAAGUUACAGAAUGACAUCUUUAAUUCUGUAAGUAGUGACUCUUUGAGCACCUUUCAAUAUUAUGUAUUUCUAAAAACCAUUGCUUUUGGAUAUGGUUGUUAAUAAGCACUUUAAAAAAGAAAAGGCAACCAUUACUAUUUUUCUGGUUGAGUCAUUGCUCUUUAGAAGUAGCAUCAGCAAUAGACUUCAAAAAUAAAUAUUAAGCAUUAAAAUGUAUAAGUAUUUCAUUUUUUAGUCAUGCUGAAAAAUUCCUUGUGUAGUUCUCAAUUCUGAGACACAUAGCAUAUGUGUGUGCACAAGAACAUCUUUAGGGUUUUUCACACUUUGAAAUAAAGGAAGUUGCUUAUGGAAAUUGAGGUGUUAUAUUUAAUUUUUAAGUGCAUUAAAAAAAAUUCAGAUGUAAUUUAAUCUAUUUCAGUUUUUGGGUAUUGCGUUUAAAUGCUUUCUUUAAAAGCACCAUCUAUCUUAUACUUUUACUGUAAAUAAAA